UGAGCUAUGGACGGUGAAAUUGGUUGCGGUGUCGGGUGGGUGGGACAGCAAAGUCCGCGCCUCCAGACAAUCACAUGGUCGUCGUGGCUACUUGCGAUCCACCGAACGCAAGGAGUCCGUCGGUUACAGAAGUCUGCACGGGCUGGCGACGGACCGCAGUGGGUCAAUGUUUCGUUCCAGCGUCUCUUUGGUUUCGCUGCUGUACGUGGGCCUCGCGUUGCCUCUGGCAACGGCAGCUGUGCCGAAAACGGUCUUGGAUUUGCAGCAGAUGACGGGGAAAUACGUGGAACACCGGGUGGAACAAGGGGAAGCCAGGGCAGUGGCCAGCGCGUUGCACCCUGAGCUCAGUGACGGGCGCCCGGGAUGUGAAGUCUGCACUAGGGAGGAAGUGGAGUACUGUGCUGGAAAUGCAGUCGUCGAAGAUCACUGUUGCUGCGACAUGCGACACUUCGAAUGGUUUCCGUACGUUCCUCACACCUGCUACCUGAGGCCAGGGUGCUCGCCGAUCGCCGGUAAUUGCGCGCGAUAUGCGAGGCUGAGGGUGUGCUGCUGUGAGGCUGUGACAGCGGCAAAAUGGAAAUCAGAAGCCGGUCUGCUGACGAUGUCAUGGAGGAUAUUGAUGCUCUGUUCCGUGUGUGUUCUCAUAGUCCGAUAAUACCAUUUGUGGUCAAGGAUGAGCAGCUAUAAGAGACAAGAUAACGCGCCGACAGAAGAGUUGCUUCUUAAGUGUUUUGUGGCACUUUGCUGGAAGUUUGCGUGGAAUUGAUUCAGGAAAAGGGACAAGGACAUGGAAGGAGUUACUUAGUUCGUAACAUAGUUUACAAUUCUGCUUAAACACCGCAAGUCAUGGACGUUUAGCAAACUACUAUUUUCAACUUUUUAUUAUUUCUCUAGGUCUCAGAUAUACGAAAUCGCCCCCAAAUUUUUGUUCUUCAUGAAAUGUGGAUGUCGGUACACCCAAUGACAAAAUUAUGUUUUUUGUACAUUUUUGGCUUAAGCUUCCAAGCAGACUGCAAAAUAUUUGCAUAA